UUAUUUUUCACCUAACAUUCCUCAGUGUUGAUUCAGUUGUGAAUUUCUAUUGAAUUACUUGUUAUUUAGUUUUAAGCAAAGAAGAUUUGGAAGCCAUUUCUGUGCAUUUGUAAACAGUGAUUGUUUUUGGCACAUAUAAUCUUUUUCUAACUUGUUAUUGGGCUUAUCGUCGAGAUGGUCUCAUUUAUAAUGAGUAUGAACCUGUAAUAUUUUAAAAUAAAACAAUGGUAUUUGCUAAUUAGAUUAAUUGUAUCUUUUACGAAUAUGACCUAAAUCAUUGUGUGCAGGUAAUUAAACAAAGGACUGAUUGUAUGUAGUUUCAUUAUUCAUAAAAUCAAUUGAUGAAUGCUUAAUAACAAGCAUGUUUAAAUUAUGAGUAGUGAGAAUUCCUGUUGUUUUUCUACACUUGAUUUACAAUGCAAGAAUCCAGCCUGUUGAUUUUGAAGUUGGGUCUCUCCUGAGUUUUUCAUCUAGUUCAGCAACACUUUGUUGAAAAUGUUUCCUGGUACCGAUAAUGGUAUGAUUCCUCCAUAGUUCACACAUUUGCUCAGGUCUCCUUUCUUUGGUAUCUUGAUGAGAUAUUCUUCUUUCCAGUCUGUUGAGAUUUGUUCCUCCUUGUUAAUCUUCCUGAAGAGAACGUGAAGCAUGUUUGCAGUUGCUUCUAUGUUUGACUUUAAUGCUUCCGGUGAUGUAUUGUCAGGUCCUGCUGCUUUCCCAUACAUGAUUUGUCCGAUGGCCAUCAUGAUUUCUCCCAUCGCCGGUGGAGUGACGUCUAUAAGAAGAUCUGUGUGUGCUGCUUUGAUGUCCGGUGGGUUCAGUGGAGCUGGUCUAUUCAAGAGUCCCUCGAAGUGCUCUACCCAUCUGUUCCACUGUCCUUGAAUGUCAGUGAUUGUCUUGCCUUCUUUGUCCUCGACCGGUCUCUCUGGUUCACCAUAUUUCCUCAUCAGUUUCAUCGUUGUGUCAUAUAGCUGUCUCAUAUUUCCUUGUCCUAUAGCUUUUUCCGCUGUCUUUGCAAUCUCUUCAACGUAUUUCUGCUUAUCAGCGCUGACGCCUUUCUUCACUUGCUUGUUCGCUUCUGUGUGUUCAGCUGGCGCCUUGACUUUUCCUGUUCUUUUUCAACUGUCGCUGAAUUACGGUUCGCUUGUUCUUCUCUUCUUGAAUCUUGUCCAGAGAUUCCAUAGGGAUCCACUCCUUAGGAUGAUGCAGCUGGCGACCCAGAACCUCCUGACACGUUGAAGUUAGUGCCUUUUGAUCUCUUUCCAGUUGUCCAUCAUAGUCUGUUUCUCUUCUCUGAGUAGAUAUUGCAAGGCUUGAAACCUGUUGUUGGGAGAUACCAUGAAUUGGUUGAGUUUGUCAGUAUCUCGUAGGUAGGCUGUAUUGGACCUUCGUAAUGGUGCUUCCGCAGAUGUCCAGUGUUUCUUUAGCCUCAGUUUCGCCUUGCACACAACCUGGUGGUGAUCUGAGGCUAUGUUAUCUCCUCUUCUGGUUCUCACGUCUUCUAUUGUCCUUCUGAAUUUUUCAUUGGUACAAAUAUGACCCAUCUGGUUCUCCGUGUUGUAAUGCGGUGAGACACAUGUAACCUUGUAUAUGUUGAGGCCUACUGGUGCAGAGGCUGCUGCUACACUAGUUGUCUUCAUCUGCACUUGUUCAUGUGUAUGGGAUAGUAGAGCCAGGUCAUUUGUGAAGUUCAUGCCGUCUAAUUGAUUCCAAAGUGUGCACUGAGUUCCUUGCUUCAUCUCAGACAUGGAGGUUUUAAUAAUCGAGCGAUCAGAGUAGUGUUAGCGUUUAUUCACAGUGAAUGUUUGUUAAGUACAUGUUGUUUGAGACGAAAUAUGAUGGUUGAUGAUUAAGUAGAUCUGGUCAUAAAUGCAGUAUCAUAUCGAAUAGUUCAUACAAUGGUCAUAUCAUCAUCAUAGUUAAUGCGAAUAUAAUUGUUAAAAAUUAAUUGUAUUAUACACAAAGUUAUUUAUCUAUUUCAUUUCAAUUAUUCUUCUUCUUGUCUAAUUUCUUUACAUUACCAUAGAUAACGUGGUUGCAGUCCAGUCUCCAGACUCCAUAAAACCAAGAAUCAGGACGUAAACUGUGUAAUUGAUUUCAGAAAACUUGGUGAAUUACAGUGAGCAAAUAUGUUUAGAUCACAAGUAGCAGUUGUUUGGUUUCUCUUCUUUCUCCUGGUCUGCAAUGCAGGAGAUCAAGAAGUGGCAGCUCAGACUCUUGAGUUUUCAAGUAAAGAUAUCUUUAUAAAUACACUAUCUGUCCGUGUUAAGGAGUGGGAUGAAAAAAUUGAAAAAGGUUCAGCAGGAGUAUCACUAAAGUUUUUGGAUAGUUAUUGUGCAAAUGUUGUGGAUGUGGUGAAGGAAUUGGAACCAAAAUUGAGUUCUGCUACUCUGUCAUGUGAUAUCGAUCACUCACAAAGGCCAAAUGAUAUCCGUGUCGACACUGUUAAGGUUGAACUGGCAGUGUUAUCGAGUGAAAUGGAAGAAGUAUUUUCAUCGAAAACGUGGUUCCCAUCGUUGAAGAAUUCACUUGAAUCGGGUAAUGUGAAUGUGAAUAGCGCGUGGAUAAUUGAUAUCGUUUCAGUGAGUGAUCCGACAGCCGUUGGCCGUGAAUCCUAUCUGUUCCAAAAAACCUAUUCUACGAGUUUAGUAACUACUGAUAAGUGCCGUGAGCUGAAGAUCAUUAUGUCGAAUAUAUAUACUGGAUUCGGUGAAACAAUGACGAACUGCUCCUUCGAUGUGUUGACAGGAGAUAUAAGCACGACGAUGGACUACCGAGAACUUAUGAAGAAAGGGUAUUGCUGUUCAGAGCAUAAUGUAUAUAGAAGAAUUUACUGGUCUAUUUAUGAAUUACUAUAUGAGGGUGAAAGCGGUGAGAAUACGAUCAAACCGCCCAAAAUAACUCAACCCGAAAUAACCAUUGACAAGAAAAAUACUACUUUCGAUGGAAAAACGACCAUACAGAGCGAAAUAUCUCAACCUGGAACAACGACUGAUAAAGAAGAAACGUCUCUCGGUUUGCCGUCAAUCAUACGAAUCUCUGAAUUAGAAAACUUGAAAGUGAACUAUACAGGUCACUGUAUCUAUGCUUCGUUUCCAUCUGAUCGGUCAGAUGAAGAGUGACAAAUGACCCAAUCAAAUCAAAUUAAAUAAACACUGUUUUAGUCUGUAGUAAACUUAACAAUAUUCUUGAAUCACAUUCUGUAAUUUUAACACACAAUACAUGGAA